CUCUAUGGGAAAAUACUCUCGAGUAUAAUAAUUGCCCUUACAGGUGGUGUGAGCUACCUGCACUCUCUCUCUGGCUUCACUCGUCGCCUGGUGUUGCAGCUGUUGUUGGAAACAGAGAGAGUGGUGGUGCACAUCAACAGUCCUCUUGGCAGCCUCUCCUCUCCCACUGGCUGCAGCCUCCCACCACUCACUCAACACCCUAAGUUUGGAGCUGGACACAAGACUCGACUCCUCAGUCUUCCCACAACCACGUCCAUGUCAGAUAUUAUCAAGAUGGUCACAGACUGGUCUAGAGGAAUGUUGAACGGCAACACAGGAGAAUUAGACUUGACAGUAAUGACCACCGAGAACCAAAUGAAGUCGGUCACUUGGAGCUGAUGGACAAGCUGUCAGUGGCUGCUGGAGUGACUGCAAAGGACAAGAGGAGUAAGAAUAAGGCCAACUCAACUAUCCACAGAGUGUCCAUGACUAUGCCCAAGA